AUGAUCAAUCAAAACAAACUUGUCACAUCUUUUCGUUCCUUGUCACACUAUAACAAGAGAUGUUUUUCAACUCUCCAAAGCAAGUUGAAUGCGACUGAACCUCCAAGAAAUUAUGAUCCACUCUAUCCACAUGAACCAAUUGUGACCACUUUGGGAGAGCCCUCAAAAGUGGAUUUAAAUAAAGAUAUGCCAAAGGGCCCAAACGUUAAGGAGCAAAUGAAAUCUCCAGGCUUCAAAAUGUCCUCGCCAACAGGAGGAGGAAUAAACAAACCACAAGAGAACAGAGAUCCAGUCGAAACAUCAAAUGCAAAAGGAGGAACAACCUCACGACCAACCACAACCUCACAAAGUAGAUUUGACCCAAACAAGCAAGAGAGUGCUACCAUCUCUACCACCGGAAGAAAACAGCAAAAUCUAGCAGACGAAGAAUUCCAGAGUGGCUUUUCGGAAGGAUUGAAAAAUCAAUAUGCUGACAUCAUGGGUAAGAAUUUGGAUCAGGAUAUUCCCAUUGAGAAAAACUUGGACCAGAAGGUGGGAGAAAUGGCAUCACCGGAUACCACCUCAUUCCGAACCAUGAAUGAUGAAAGCAGGGACACCACCAAGAAGAGAAAAGAAGGAUCCCUGAAAAAGGAGGAUACUACUAACUACCAAGGAUCCAAAAUGAAUUUGGAUACCAGUUCCGAUUCAGCAAACAAAAUGGCGAAUGAAGGCUACCACCAAGUAAAAACUGCCUCACAACAAGGCUCUCCUACCAAAGACAUCCGAAACGACAACAGAACAGAAAGGGCAGUAUCUGAUUAG